AUGGCCUAUCGCAAGAACUCAUAUAUCAAAAUUAUCGCAUUAAUUGUUAUCGUUGGCCUUUCUGUGCUGCUUAUAUAUGCUGGAUAUCUCAUACACCGCACAUAUUUCGCUCAGAAUACUCCUCUGUUUCAAUCAUCUCAGCCUCCGCAAUUUAAAGUUAUAUCUCAAGUAGGCCAAACUAGUUCUACAUUUCUCCAAUCAUUUAUACUAACCCAAUAUAGACCUCCAUUCGAGUUCGGCCCGCCCAAUACACAUCUUAGCUUAUCACAACAAUACAAAUACUUAAACAAGGACGUUGAUCUGUUUUCUGAUCCCUAUAAACCUGUGUUAACACUACUUCUACGGCUACUCAUAGAGCACAGUCAAAUUCCACCAGACUCCAAUAAAGACCGCCAAGGUGGCGAAUUCCGUAAUAAGAUAGAGGAGCUGUUUCCUAUUGGGAAAUGGAAGAAUGAAAUUCCGACGGACAUUGAAGAGCGAUAUAUGUAUGUUUGGAUAGAGUUUAUUCGCAUAAGCAGUGCGUAUUUUGCUCGGGUGGCAUCUCUUGACGAUCUAAUCGAGAUCAACCAACAAUUAGCAAAGAUUAAGGACUCUACUCAAGCAAAUAGUCCGGAAAGAGAACAACAGACCAUUCAAGCCGCAAAGAGAUUUAUUGCCACAACCACUAAAACGCAUGGUCGCAUGGAAGACAUUGAUAGAUACCAACCAAUCAUUCAAAGGUUUCUCAGAAUUAUGAAGGUACGACCAUAUUUUCAAAACCGAGACCCAUUCAAUGUAAUAUCUGCGAACAUUGGUUUCCUGGACGUAUUUAUGCAUUUUAUGCCCAUAAGUAGUCGUAUAGCAAACGAAGCUAUCGCUUUCUUAACUUAUAUUGAGAAUAUGCCCGAGGAAUUUGAAGAACACAUAUUUGGACCCAUUAGAAAUCCUUUGCUGUCCCCUACUAUAGAUCUUGCCGACGUAGUUAGUAAAUGCAUGAAUCUUAUGGAGAGAGUCCUAGAACUCAGUCAAAAGAUUUGGGAGUACUAUGUGUGUAUCAAUCCGACUAGGAAAACAUUAAUAAUACUCACGAUAUGCAAGAUUCUUGUUUAUCCAACAGAACGUCUCUUGAGUUAUUACAUCACCUUUGAGGAGAAUAUGGAACUAUUAACCAAAUAUGGCCGUGCGUACUGCGAUGAGAUAGACUUGUUAUUGGAAACUGCACAGACACUGAGUUACCCGUGA